UGCUAGGGUUUUAGCUUGGUUGCUUCAAUGGCGAUGGAGGCUAAAACCGUUCGAUUCCUCUUUCCGGUGAGAUCCUUUCGAUUCCCUCCUCACCGAUCUAGAACAUGCCUCUCUCUUUCUCCUCUGACCUCUCCGAACCACUGGUGAAGAAGCUGAACUUGAAUGAUUGUUGGUUCGUAGACACUGCAGCGCGGUUUAAGCCACCGAAUGAGAAAUCAAAUGAAGCUUUGAGCUCAGAGAUGGUCAAAAUCGGUUCUCAUGAGUUGAAUAUAAAGUCUCAUUUUAGAGAUUAGGCUUUGCUAGUUAGUUAGGAUACUCUCGCAUUUUUUUUUUUCAGAGAUUGAAGUUGCAUUUGAGUUUUAGAUGAGGUGCAUACCUAUAUUCUUGUCGAGAGGUGGCUCAAGUCGAGCAUAGCAGUGCAGUAGAUUCCAUUUUUCAAGAACCUAUUCAUGUGGUUAGCAGCUUUCCUUCUCUUCUCUUACUGCAUCGAUCUAAAGAUAAAUUGAUGUGCAUGUUCUGCGUGUUUCUAUAUGUGUUUUGAGAUUUGGUGUUGAUCUCAGUUUUUUGAGAGUUUUGAGCCACUUGUCGGUGUUUAUAAUUGUAUGCUCUAUGUUUUAUUAUAGCAAUCUGCUCAAUGAUUUAAUAAGGCUGAUUCUUUCUCACAUCAAAUUUCUGUCAAAUUUUCGUAUUAAUUGCUGGGAAUCUAUUAUUAAUUAUUCUUAAAAUCUCCUAUCAAUAGAUUUUUCAUGCAUUGCAUUGAUCACAUAAGUCAAAUUUUCAAUGUUGCCUUAGGAUCAUUGAGAUCUGUACAGAAAAGUGUCCUUGUCUGUUUGUGUACUUGUCUUAAAAAUUACUGGUUCUGGCCUAUUAGCGCUGAGUGAUUUCAGUCUGAUAGUGAAGUGAAGAGAACAAUGAAGCUUUUGCUUAUGUUAAGUUUAUUGGCAUUGGAGUUCAGCUGCCUGCCUCAAAUCACAUUCAGGUGGGCCAACAAUAAAGACGCUGGUGAAGGCUUUGAUGAGAUUUCCAACAUGAGCCUUGGACUUUUACCCAUCUUGUGCAACUUUAUUACUAAUUAAGGCUAUUUGUCUGUGAUCACAGCUUUUGUUUGUUCCACAGGUGACGUUUCCCCACAUAUCGAUGUUGUAGAUAAUGUAACACAAUACUUCCUAGAGAAAAGCUAAUUUGGUCUUCUACUACCUCAGUGCACCUGGUUUUCCAUCUGAUUUUUAUGUUAAAAGGCCUUGUGCAUAAAGAACUCAAACUUCUCUCACAUUUCUAGCAAGACAUUGGAGCCAAGGAUUCACCAUUAAGGGAAAUCAGUAUUCAUCUGUUGGCCUUUAUUAGCCAGGGAACUCAAUGUUUUGGAGAAAGUCCUAGCAGGACUGUCCCUCUAAUGUCUUCCUAUAUAUCCUCAAAGAGGAGCUUGAUUGCUGCAAGAAGCCAUCGUUCGUCAACAGCAGAAAUGGAUGGUGUGCUCUCUUGCCACUUGGUUGUGUGACAAAACCCAAGCUUUCUGUGGUAUCAAGAAUGACUGAUCUUGUGAUCAAAGAUCAGGCAGCUGAAAAUUUCAAAUAUUCCAUUCACAUCUAUAAAUUCAAAUUUCUUCUCCUGAAAUUUGGUGCUGCUAAAAGAGCAUAGGAAUUUGAGAUUUGAAAUUUGUUGAUCUUGCUCAUUUUCCUGAGCUUCCAAUGUCUGAGAUUUUACAUGGUUCACAGGUAUGAUGGUGAUUAAGGUUUCUUUUAUUCACAUUUUGUCAAAUGUUUUGAUAAUGGGAUAUCAAGGAUUAAAGUUUAUAUUAUACCUAAAGCUCAACGAGGUCAAUUUGUUAUAUCCAUAUUGUAUUCUCUGCAGAAAAAAUAUCUUGAUGCUUUUAAUUGAUUGUUGUUUGUAUCCAAGGUUUGAUCUUUGCCCAUGGUUUAAUCUGUGUGUUAGUGUCAGUUGCCCAUCAAAAUACCUGGUUGUCAAUGCUGUAAAAUCAAAAGUUAUACUCUUU